AUGGGAAAUACAACAUCAACGCCAAAGCAUUUGCAGCGAUCGGAUAAGACAAAGAGUGUGAUAUUCACGUUUGAGGACUACACAAGCGAUGCUCCUGAUGAUGAGAAGAUAAGUCGAGAAGCUGGGGCGCUGCAACUAGCAAUCAGCGACCAUGUUAGGGAUUAUUAUCACGAGCGGCAGAUCCAGCGCUCACCUGAAGACAUCGAGAAAGCUCUGUUGAAAGAAAGAGAAAGGCUGCCGUUAUUGUCGAGCAUCGAAAUAUCACACCUGCUCUGUGACGUUCGGACUCGGCGCUCUGCUUUGAAUUUCUUCCUCUCUCAUAUGGUAUUGAAGAAUAUCAGCUUCUUCGGCCACAAAUCUCACACCCUGCUCUCACCAGGAGCCGUUGGAUGUAUCAAUGACUUUGGCUUCGGAGAUCCACAAGUCAAAUUGACAGAUGACGAAGAAACGGCGUUCACACAAUGGCGCGCAGUAACUGCACACCUUCUCCCGAAAAUACAGAAGCGGCCAACAAGCUAUCAAAGUGCUCGAAUCGAUCGACUGGCAAAAGCUAUUGAUGAAAUCAUUAUGUUUUUCUCCGACCCAGCGAAAGAUAACGCAGAGAGACUGGAGAGUCUGCGAAGCGUCGUAGAAAAAGCUGGAAUUGUUGGAGAGAUGAUCUUUGCGUCCCCAUCCCGUUGGAAGUUUGAUUGGAACGCAUCCAGACGAGACCUCAGAUCUCGAGACCGACGCAGCAAGGAGGGGAAAACCCAGCCGGACCAUCAGGUAUUUGAUAAAGAGGGUAAAAUCGUUGUGAUUGUUUUGUUUCCUGCCCUUAUUCAAAUGGAUACGAAAGAUCCUGAAGACAAGCAUGGUCCUAGGCGAACUCGGCGUGGUGACUACGACGGCACAGUUGCGGUCUCGGAAAUAUUGAAAGAAGUCAGGAAAUUUGCGGAGCUGCAAAGUCCCAAACCUCAAGGCCCAGAGCAACAACAUUCAAGCCCUGAGCAGCAAGAGUCAAAACCAGCUGGAAGCCAUCCAAGCCUGGCAGUCCCAGCAGGACAAGAGCCUCCACAGUCAAAGGUGUUAAAAGGGUGAGUCUGCCGCCUAUCUCCAAGACAUCGUUCAUUUUCGGGGGCUGUUGAGUAAUAAUCCAUCGGAAGAAGAGGCAACAUUCGCCAGGAGAGAUGUGCGGGAAGAGCGUCUGGUUUGGAAGACUUGUAAGUCUUGGCGCUUCGAGUUUGGACCACUAGUGCUUGGGCUACAGAUUUUAGCGGGCGUAACGGAGAAUCAUUUCAAGAGCCUACUCACCCUGAUGAAAGAUUUUCUGACUUGGUUCUUGCCAUCGACUGUGGUUCUUUGCUGAGGUAAUGUCUGUGGACGAUGGUGGAUUCCAGGUGAACAGCGCGUGCUCCAUUGUACCGAUGAUUUGAAGUACUUCGCCAGAGUCAGCAAAGGGUGCACAACAGUUUCAGAACAUCAUGAAACCUAUACAUACAAGAUUGAUGACAAUAGUUUAGCCUCCUUUCUCGGUUCAAAAAUGAUUCUUUAUCCAUCAUAACCCAGCGGAUGCGAUUUUUGACCGUCAGCGGCUUCAUUUUGGAAACUUGUAUGAGCUUUGGAAGCUCUAAUGAGGCUUGUCUCGUAUCGCUGAUAAUAUCUACUACUCGCUUGAAUUGUGUGCUUCGCCAGAUCUUCUUGGAAUCAAGAAGCUUGCAGAGUUCUUCGGCGGCAGCGAUGUCUUUGUUGACACGUUUGAGAAGGAGAACACAUGUCCUCGUGUCGGAAUCGACGUCUUUAAACUUCAAGGCAAAUCGACCUAAAGAAAGAGUUCCAUUUGUGAUUGAAAGAGCACCCGACAGGACUGCAAAAGAAAUCAUAUUGCCCAAGAAUGACGAAUGAUAACGAAUUUGUGUGGAAAGGGAGGAUGUCCUAAACAUAAAUACGGCUACCAUGCCAAGAACUCGCUCGUAUUCCAAGACAGGCGAUCCGGCAGUUGGGGCUGAGAGCACAUUUUUGUUGUAUAUUGAGGCUUUGAUGACCCCCACAGACUUCUGUAGGAUGUCUUGUGAUAGGUUUCAAGGCUCACGAGUUGAAUCGCUGCAGAAGAAGGCGGAGGUUGGGAAG